UCUAAGUGGACUCACAUCGAGACAGCUUAUUCUCUUUUACCAGCCUCUGAUCUCAUGUAUUCAAAGAGAGACAAAGUCUUUUACUUUACCAGUUUUAAGGGUAACUACAUGGCUUCGUUGGAUCUCACCAACAACUUCGAGCCCGAGUAUCAACACUUACGCCUUCGAAACCUGCCUAAGAUCCCAGAGGUAGGUUGGGAGAUGUUGGAUAAAUGUUUCAUGACCCACCACUUAGUGGAGUCUCCCUCUGGUGAACUUUUCUUCAUCAAGUGGUACACACAGUGCAUUCACAAAGAGGACAAAGAUGGGGAUUUGGAAUUUAUCCACAGCAAUACCAAGCGGUUCAUGAUCUUUAGGCAAGAUGGGAUGAGCAAAGACUUUUGUUACACGGAAGAUAUUGGAGAUCUUUGCAUCUUCCUUAGUAAGAGUGAAGCCUUCUGUCUCUCGGCAAGCAUGUACCCUAGGCUCAAACCUAACUCCAUCUAUUACAUUGGCCCUAGACUUGGUUCUUACAAUCUGGCUUCUGGUACGGACCGUCCCUUCACCUUCGAUCGCCUUGGUGAUCCCUCGCUGGUCCGUACCCCGUUCUGGCUUCAUCCCACUGAUCCCAUUGCUUAACAAUGCUUCUUUCUUGUUCCUUUCCUUUCAAUCUUCUUCUCUGAGCUUUAGCUAGGAUUUAGGUUUGUUUAGUUCAAUAAGUGGUCGUCUUGCCACUUUUGUGUUAUGUUCUUCAUCAAGUGGUCGUCAUCAUGUCACUUGUUAGGUGUUUUAUGAGCUUUUGUAUCUUGUCUUAUUCUUCACAAAGUGGUC